CAGGCUGCUGCCAAUAUGGGUCACUGGCCCCGCUCGCUGUGGGCCGCCCUCCUGCUGCUCCUCGUCGGCGUGUACUCGGUGCUCUGCGACACACCUGCCAACUGCACCUACCCUGACCUGCUGGGCACCUGGGUCUUCGAAGUGGGCCCGGCCAGUUCCAAUCGGGAGGUCAACUGCUCGGUUAUGGGACCGCCAGAAAAAAAAGUCGUGGUCCACCUUCAGAAAUUGGAUACAGCUUAUGAUGACCUUGGCAAUCCCGGCCAUUUCACCAUCAUUUACAAUCAAGGCUUUGAAAUUGUGUUGAAUGACUACAAAUGGUUUGCCUUUUUUAAGUACAAACAAGAGGGCAGCAAGGUAACCAGUUACUGCCACGAGACGAUGCCAGGGUGGGUGCAUGAUGUGCUGGGCCAGAAUUGGGCAUGUUUCACUGGCAAGAAGGUGGGAUCUACCUCUGAGUAUGUGAGUGUACACAUGGCACACCUUAAGAAUCUUCAGGAAAUGUAUUCUGAUAGGCUUUACAAAUAUGACCACAACUUUGUGAAAGCCAUCAAUGCCAUUCAGAAGUCCUGGACUGCAACCACAUACAUGGAGUAUGAAACUCUUAACCUGAGAGACAUGAUUAGGAGAGGUGGUGGCCACAGCCAGAGAAUCUCAAGGCCCAAACCGGCACCACUGACCAGUGAAAUACGACGAAAGAUUUUACAUUUGCCCAAAUCUUGGGACUGGCGAAAUGUUCACGAUAUGAACUUUGUUAGCCCUGUUCGAAACCAAGCAUCUUGUGGGAGCUGCUAUUCAUUUGCUUCUGUGGGUAUGCUGGAAGCAAGAAUUCGAAUACUAACCAACAAUUCUCAGACCCCAAUCUUGAGUCCUCAGGAGGUCGUGUCUUGCAGCCAGUAUGCUCAAGGCUGUGAAGGUGGCUUCCCAUAUCUCAUCGCAGGAAAGUAUGCUCAAGAUUUUGGGCUAGUGGAAGAGGCCUGCUUCCCCUACAAAGCUGAUGAUUCUCCAUGCAGAGUGAAGGAGGACUGCCUCCGUUACUACACCUCUGACUACCACUAUGUGGGAGGUUUCUAUGGGGGCUGCAAUGAAGCUCUGAUGAAGCUUGAGCUGGUCAAUCAUGGGCCCAUGGCAGUUUCUUUUGAAGUCUAUAGUGACUUCCUCCACUAUUACAAGGGGAUCUACCACCACACUGGUCUCAGAGAUCCUUUCAGCCCUUUUGAGCUGACUAAUCAUGCAGUUCUGCUUGUUGGCUAUGGCACUGACUCAGCCUCUGGACUGGAUUACUGGAUUGUUAAAAAUAGUUGGGGCACCAGCUGGGGUGAGGAUGGCUACUUCAGGAUCCGUAGAGGAACAGAUGAGUGUGGAAUUGAGAGCAUAGCAAUGGCAGCGACACCAAUUCCUAGAUUGUAGAGUGUAUCUCUCAGUAUUUCAUAGCAAUAUCAAGCAUCAGUCAUAAAGGGGCUUGAUUUACUAAUAGACCUGAGACUUUGAUGGCAGUAUUUUCAGAAGAUUACAAAUAGAUUUCUAUGAUGCUUUUGCCUU